AUGCUGCCUCUGCAAGCGCAGGCAAGAUGGCAGCUUCCAUUUCGGCCAUAUUUUGGCUUUAAAACGCCUUAAUGAGAGUAAAUGGGGACCGUCCAGACCAUACUUUUAUACAGUCUAUAAUCAUAACCCAAACUCCACAACGCGCCAAGCAGCACAUUUUUAGUUGCUGCGGAAGCACAGCUCAUUUAGGCUCAGCUCAGCUCACCUCAGGACUUGUUGUGCUACUAAGAUAUAAGGCAGUGUGAGGUUGGUGGAUGGUGGCAGUCGCUGUGCUGGGAGAGUGGAGGUUCUUCAUAGAGGGCAGUGGGGAACAGUGUGUGGUGAUGACUGGGAUAUGAGUGAUGCUGCAGUGGUGUGUAGAGAGCUGGGCUGUGGAGAAGCUGUAGAUGCACUGGGCAAAUCUCAUUUUGGAUCAGGAUCAGGACCAAUCUGGAUGGAUGAUGUGGACUGUAGUGGAUCAGAGUCUAGACUGAAGAACUGUAGAUCACCAGUAUGGGGUAAACAUGACUGCAAUGAAACCCACAAUUCUGGAGUCAUCUGUUCAGGAGCCAGGCUGGUUUUAGGUUCUCGCUGCUCUGGGAGAGUGGAGGUUCUUCAUGGAGAGAGCUGGGUCACAGUGUGUGAUGCUGACUUUAACCAGCAGGAUGCAGAGGUUGUGUGUCGAGAGCUGGGCUGUGGUUCUCCUGUGAAGGUUCUGGGAGCAGCUGCGUUUGGUAGAGGGGAGGGUCAGGUGUGGUCAGAGGUGCUUCAGUGUAGAGGAAACAAAUCUCAGACUCACUUCUGUCCAAAAUCAUCUUCACUCAAACACAACUGCUCCCAUGAUAAUGAUGUGGGACUGGUGUGUGCAGGAGUCCUGCUGGUUAAUGGCUCUCGCUGCUCUGGAAGAGUGGAGGUUCUUCAUGGUGAGAGCUGGUUCACAGUGUGUGAUGCUGACUUUAACCAGCAGGAUGCAGAGGUUGUGUGUCGGGAGCUGGGCUGUGGUUCUCCUGUGGAGAUUCUGGGAGCAGCUGCUUUUGGUAGAGGGGAGGGUCCGGUGUGGUCAGAGGAGCUUCAGUGUAGAGGAAACGAAUCACAGAUUCACUUCUGUCCAAAAUCAUCUUUACUCAAACACAACUGCUCCCAUGAUAAUGAUGUGGGACUGGUGUGUGCAGGCAGUGUGAGGUUGGUAGAUGGUGACAGUCGCUGUGCUGGGAGAGUGGAGGUUCUUUAUAGAGGACAGUGGGGAUCAGUGUGUGGUAAUAACUGGGAUAUGAGAGAUGCUGCAGUGGUGUGUAGAGAGCUGGGCUGUGGAGAAGCUGUAGAUACAUAUCAUGAGUCUUACUUUGGAUCAGCAUCAGGACCAAUCUGGAUGGAUAAUGUGCACUGCAGUGGCUCUGAGUCUACACUGAGGAACUGUGAAUCAGCAGGAUGGGGUAAACAUAACUGUGAUCAUUCUAAAGAUGCUGGAGUCAUCUGUUCAGGAGUCCGGGUGGUUGGUGGUUCUCACUGUUCUGGGAGAGUGGAGGUUCUUCAUGGAGAGAGCUGGGUCACAGUGUGUGAUGCUGACUUUAACCAGCAGGAUGCAGAGGUUGUGUGUCGAGAGCUGGGCUGUGGUUCUCUUGUGGAGGUUCUGGGAGCAGCUGCUUUUGGUAGAGGGGAGGGUCAGGUGUGGUCAGAGAAGCUUCAGUGUAGAGGAACUGAAUCUCAGAUUCACUUCUGUCCAAAAUCAUCUUCACUCAAACACAACUGCUCCCAUGAUAAUGAUGUGGGACUGGUGUGUGCAGACAGUGUGAGGUUGGCGGAUGGUGGCAGUCGCUGUGCUGGAAGAGCAGAGGUUUUUCACAGAGGACAGUGGGGAACAAUUUGUGGUGCUGGUGCAAAUUUCAUAGCGGGUUUUGUCAUGUGUAAAGAGUUGGGCUGUGGAGAGCCGUUUAGGACUGAUGCAGCUGUUCCAGGAUCUGCACCGAUCUGGAUGAGUCAUGUGAAGUGUACUGGAUCAGAGUCUACACUGAAACACUGUGGAUCAUUAGGGUGGGGAACACAGCUGUAAUCAUAAUAUGGAUAUUGAGCUUACCUGUUCAGGUAUGUUUUAAUUAGACAAAAACUGUAAUACGUACGUAUUACAUGUAUUACAUUUGUGAACUUUCUGAGAAUGUUUCGACACAUCAUAGACAAAAUCAAAUCAGAGAUCAUAUGAUGGAAUGUCACUGUUUUGUAUACCUAUUCCGUAUUAAAUAUUCUAUUACAUAGUAAAUUCUGACAGUUACAGCUAAUGUGAGAAGCAGCGAUGUUUUUUUUUUAACAUUUGCUUUGACUUUUAUUUAAUUGCUGAAAAUAUUAACUAGUGCUGGGCGAUAAAACGAUAUCGAUAGUUAUCGAGGAAACUAUAUAUCGCGAUAAGUCGGGGCGAGAAAUUCGAUAAACUAAAUUUUCUAUUUCCCGUUUAAGUAGCGUUGUGAAAAGGCGCAGCACGCUGAACUGCUGCUCAGCCCAGU